GCGGAAGGUUCUGCCUGCGCUGUUGCGGCUAUAUGAUUUACGCUGGAGAAGGGAAAGGGAAGUAGCUGUGUAUGUGUGUUUUCUCCAGCCGGCUGCGCGAGACCGGAGGGCAGAGGCUCGGAGGAGACCGAGUAAGAGACGCCCACCUCUCUUCUCUUCUCCUCCCCACCCCACGUCACGCGCUGCCGGCUAGAGAAAUAGCAGUUGCGGGGCUGAGAAGCGGCAUUCCAGCGUGGCCACCAUCCCCAGUGGACAGGCAGGUUUAAGGCCAUGGUUAUGAAAGCUGCUAUAGAUGAUGAUGAUUCAGGAUGGGAGAUGAAUAUAGCUGAGAAGAUGGAAAAGGGUAACACAAGCUGGAUAGACAUCACCCAAGAUUUUGAAGAUUGCUGUAAAGAAUUGAAGUUAGGAGAGUUACUUCAUGACAAACUUUUUGGUCUGUUUGAAGCCAUGUCUGCUAUUGAAAUGAUGGAUCCUAAGAUGGAUGCUGGUAUGAUUGGAAACCAAGUUAAUCGUAAAGUUCUUAACUUCGAACAAGCUAUCAAGGAUGGGACCAUUAAAGUUAAAGACUUAUCCUUGCCUGAACUGAUAGGAAUAAUGGACACUUGCUUUUGCUGCUUGAUAACGUGGCUAGAAGGCCAUUCCUUGGCACAGACAGUAUUCACCUGCCUCUACAUUCAUAAUCCUGACUUUAUUGAGGAUCCUACUAUGAAGGCAUUUGCACUGGGUAUCCUGAAAAUUUGCGAUAUUGCUAGAGAAAAAGUAAACAAAGCAGCAGUAUUUGAAGAGGAAGAUUUUCAGUCUAUGACGUACGGAUUUAAGAUGGCAAACAGUGUGACAGAUCUUAGAGUUACAGGUAUGCUAAAAGAUGUUGAAGAUGACCUGCAACGGCGAGUUAAGAGCACUCGAAGCCGACAAGGAGAAGAGAGAGAUCCAGAAGUAGAACUUGAACAUCAGCAGUGCUUUGCAGUUUUCAGCAGAGUGAAGUUUACUCGGAUAUUACUGACUGUGUUAAUAGCCUUUACCAAGAAAGAGACUAGUGCAGUUGCAGAAGCUCAGAAGUUGCUGACUCAGGCCGCUGACUUGCUUUCUGCGAUUCACAACUUAAUACAUCAUGGUAUUCAGGCUCAGAAUGAUACCACCAAAGGAGAUCACCCUAUAAUGAUGGGCUUUGAGCCAUUAGUUAAUCAGAGAUUGCUCCCUCCAACUUUUCCUCGAUAUGCAAAAAUUAUUAAAAGAGAAGAAAUGGUUAACUAUUUUUCAAAACUUAUAGAACGAAUCAAAACUGUGUGCGAAGUCAUCAAUUUAACCAAUUUACAUUGCAUACUAGAUUUUUUCUGUGAGUUUAGUGAACAAUCACCCUGCGUUCUUUCAAGAUCACUGUUACAGACCACUUUCCUUGUGGACAAUAAAAAAGUCUUUGGUACUCACCUUAUGCAAGACAUGGUAAAAGAUGCCCUAAGAUCCUUUGUCAGUCCACCAGUACUUUCACCAAAGUGUUGUCUUUAUAACAAUCACCAGGCUAAGGACUAUAUUGACUCCUUUGUCACACACUGUGUUCGACCAUUUUGCAGUUUGAUUCAAAUUCAUGGGCAUAAUAGAGCUCGGCAGAGAGAUAAACUUGGCCAUAUUCUUGAAGAAUUUGCUACUUUGCAAGAUGAGGCAGAGAAAGUGGAUGCAGCUCUUCACAGUAUGCUCUUGAAACAAGAACCUCAAAGACAGCAUUUGGCCUGCUUGGGAACGUGGGUCCUAUAUCAUAAUCUUCGCAUUAUGAUACAGUAUCUUCUCAGUGGGUUCGAAUUGGAGCUAUACAGUAUGCAUGAAUAUUAUUACAUAUAUUGGUACCUAUCUGAAUUUCUAUAUGCAUGGCUAAUGUCGACACUCAGUCGUGCUGAUAGUUCUCAAAUGGCUGAAGAAAGAAUAAUGGAAGAACAACAGAAAGGCCGGAGUAAUAAAAAAACAAAGAAAAAGAAAAAAGCUCGUCCUCUGAGCAGAGAGAUUACAAUGAGCCAAGCCUAUCAAAAUAUGUGUGCUGGAAUGUACAAGACUAUGAUUGCUUUUGACAUGGAUGGUAAAGUGAGGAAGCCAAAAUUUGAACUUGAUAGUGAACAAGUUCGAUAUGAACAUCGAUUUGCCCCAUUCAACAGUGUCAUCACACCACCUCCUGUGCACUAUUUGCAAUUCAAGGAAAUGUCUGAUCUAAACAAAUACACUCCUCCGCCUCAGUCUUCUGAUCUCUACAUGGCUGCUAGCAAACACUUCCAGCAAGCUAAAAUGAUACUGGAGAAUAUCUCUAACCCAGAUCAUGAGGUCAACCGAAUUCUUAAAGUUGCCAAGCCAAAUAUUGUUGUUAUGAAGCUGCUGGCAGGAGGUCACAAAAAGGAUUCUAAA